CGUCUCCUGCCCUCUUCUUUCAGAUGGGGCAUCCUCUUCUCCCACCCUCGGGACUUCACUCCCGUCUGCACCACGGAGCUUGGCCAGGCUGCGAAGCUAGCGCAGGAGUUCAGCAAGCGCAAUGUGAAGAUGAUCGCCCUCUCCAUUGACAGCGUCAAAGACCACCUCUCCUGGAGCAAGGACAUCAAUGCUUACAAUGGGGACCAGCCCGAGGAGAAACUCCCCUUCCCCAUCAUUGCUGAUGCGAAUCGAGAGCUCGCUGUCAAGCUGGGCAUGCUGGACCCAGACGAGCGAGACAAGGAUGGCAUACCCCUGACUGCCCGUGUGGUGUUCGUUUUUGGCCCGGAUAAGAAGCUGAAACUCUCCAUCCUCUACCCAGCCACCACUGGGAGAAACUUUGAUGAGAUCCUGAGAGUGGUGGACUCCCUGCAGCUGACUGCUUACAAGAAGGUCGCUACCCCUGUGAACUGGAAGCCUGGUGACAGCGUCAUGGUCGUGCCUACCUUACCUGAUGACGAAGCUAAGAAGCUGUUUCCCAAAGGAGUCUUCACCAAGGACCUCCCAUCGGGCAAGAAGUACCUGCGUUACACGCCACAGCCAGAGUGAGCGGGUCCGCCCGGCCACCACGCAGGUCGUUCGGCGCUGGGACCCUUCCCUGGGUGUGACACCUGGAGCCAGCCAUGCCCAGCAGGCAGGAGCCUCCCUGACGCCAUACGAUCAGCAGCCUCGUAGUUUCACACUGGUGUUAAAUCCCAAUACUAAACCAAUCCUCCACAUCCCCUUUGUCCCCCACGUCUUCUCAAAUUAAAACCCUGGGUGUUUUCUUGCCUUGACUCAGCCCAGCAAGGAAGAGGUCAGCAGGCUCGCGGGAGCUCCUGGGCCCACGCUGUGGAGUCGCUUCUGUUCGGCACUGGCCAUGCUUGUCCCAGAGGCAUGGCAUGAAGUGUGGUGUCAGCAGCCAGGCCUCGGAGGGGUUGCCUGCUGGGCUCCCGUGUCUCCGAUCAGGUAGCUUAGAGGACUCCAAACUGCUGCAUGCCUUUAGGAGCAGCCAUCACUCACUCAUUAACACCUUAAUUUGUUCCCAUGCAUUGGGGAGGAGCUGCAGAGCCAAAUUUUCUCACUUCUUACUGCUUUCUCAUCUCUUGCUGAAAGUUGACUGAUGUUUUCAGCUUUUCUGGAAGAGGCAAUAGCGCAAAUAAAGCACUCUUCAGUACUA